AUGCGAAAGGACUUAUGGGCCUGCAAACCUGUUUGCUAUGCGCAGCUGGCGGAGAACCUGGUGAAGGGGGCCAUCGACUCCUUCAUCAAGGCCGACGAGCCGGGCGUGUACAUGGACGUGGUGGCCACGGCCCAGCGCACCAACAGCUGGGAGGACCUGGUGCGCUUUCUGCAGAUGGCGCGGAAGAAGGCCUGCGAGCCGUACAUUGAGUCGGAGCUGAUCUACGCCUACGCGAAGACGAACCGCCUGACGGACCUGGAGGAGUUUAUCAGCAGUCCGAACCAUGCGGACAUCAGCAAGAUUGGCGACCGCUGCUUUGAGGACAGGCUCUACGAGCCGGCGCGCAUCCUCUACGACAAUGUCGCCAACUAUGGCCGCCUGGCGAUUACCCUCGCUCACCUGGAGCAGUUUCAGAGGGCGGUCGACUCGGCGUGGCAGGCGAACAGCACCCGUACCUGGAAGGAGGUGUGCUUUGCCUGUGUGGAGCACGGCGAGUUUCGCCUGGCGCAGAUGUGCGGUCUGAACAUUGUGGUGCACGCCGAUGAGCUGGAGGACCUGACUAACUUCUACCAGGGUCGAGGGUACUUUGAGGAGCUGAUUGAGCUGCUGGAGGCGAGCUUGGGCCUGGAAGGAGCCCACAUGGGCAUGUACACCGAGCUGGCCAUCCUCUACUCGAAGUACAAGUCCUCGAAGAUGCGCGAGCACCUGGAGCUCAACUGGAGCCGCGUCAACAUUCCCAAGGUGCUGCGCGCCGCCGAGUCUGCCCACCUCUGGGCGGAGCUGGUCUUCUUCUACAACAAGUACGAGGAGUUCGACAAUGCCAUCCUCACCAUGAUGACCCACCCGACGGAGGCCUGGCGCGAGGGCCACUUCAAGGACAUGAUCACUAAGGUGGCCAAUGUGGAGCUGUACUACGAGGCGGUGCAGUUCUACCUCGACUACAAGCCGCUGCUUCUCAAUGACCUGCUGCUGGUGCUCGCCCCGCGAAUGGAUCACACUCGAGCGGUGACCUUCUUUACCAAUGGCAACCACCUCGCCUUCGUCAAGACCUACCUGCGCUCGGUGCAGAGCUCCAACAAUAAGGCAAUCAACGAGGCCCUGAACGACCUCUUCAUCGAGGAGGAGGACUUCACCGCGCUGCGCGCCUCCAUUGACGCCUUCGACAACUUCGACACCAUUGCCCUAGCGCAGCGCCUGGAGAAGCACGAGCUGAUCGAGUUUCGCCGUAUUGCCGCCUACCUCUACAAGGGCAACAACCGCUGGGAUGAAUUGAGGCGGUUGCUGGGUCUGUGCAAAGAAAAAGGCUGCUACCUGGAGGCCAUAGAAAUCACUGUCGAGUCGGAGCAGCCGGAGCUGGCAGAGGACCUCCUUCGCUGGUUUGGUGAGAAGGCCAAUUACGUCAUGUUCUCCACCAUGCUCUACAAGUGCUACGAUAUCCUCCGUCCGGACGAGGUGAUGAAAAUGAUCAGAAAUAAUUACCAACUUAUGAUUUACACAAUGCCCUACAUGGUGCAAGUGGUGGAGGAAUACACCGCCAAAGAGUAA